GCCGCGGCUUAAAGAUCGCUAUAGGGAGGGAGCGGGACGCUGGCUUCAGCUCUCGGCUUCCUACUUUCCUCAGAGCUGACAAGUGCCGCUGUAAGGGGUCGAAGACUACGCGCGUCGGCACAGCCUGUGACUUGUGAGGCGGCGACGGAAGAGCAGGGGACUGGAGAAGGUUCACUCAGGGCGCACACCUAAAGUUCUCCUGUCUUCCUGGCAGAACCGAACUGUGGGCACCGCCUGCCCCUGUGCUGUGGCAUGGUGCGGGACGUGUAGACAAAGACUGCCUGCCUCUUAAAGGGGAACUAACAUUUCCAAGAACAAAGAAGCAUAUUCCGGAGUAUUUUGUGCUGGGAGUUGAAGGCACGCCUACACAGAAGACGCAACAGAUUGUGUUGGUCUCAGAGGACACAUCUUACUUUGAAUCGGUGCCUCCUUUCUUAAGAAGUCGGAUGGGGUUUUAAGCAGAAGAACCCCACACAGUUCUUACUAAGACAGUCUUAUGGUAUAAUGGAAAUACCCUUCUACCAUGAUGAGGUGUUGAAUCUGCAUCAGUUGUCAAGCCUUUACACUUCCACUGUUGCCACCAUGAUGAAAAAGGACCUUAACCUCAACCUGAAUGAGCAGGUAGCCAACAACCUAAAGUCUCUACGUGAUAGUGAUGGCCUUUUAACUUCUCCUGAUCUUGGACUGCUGAAGCUAGCUUCUCCAGAACUUGAGAGGCUCAUCAUUCAAUCCAAUGGCCUGGUCACAACCACUCCAACUACCAGCCAAUUUAUUUACCCAAAGGUGGCCAGCGAAGAACAGGAGUUUGCUGAAGGAUUUGUGAAAGCCCUGGAGGAUCUUCACAAACAGAAUCAACUUGGGGUGCCCAGUGCAGUGGAUUUAAGUUCUGUACCUGUGGUUGCUAAUCUCCAGCCUCCCCUACCAGCUGAUGCCCCUGUAUAUGCCAAUCUCAGUAGCUACUCAAGUGGAUCAAUGGGCACCACUGUUAACUACAGCACUGACACUGUACCAUUUCCACCUCCACCGUCAGGCUUGUCACAGCCGUCUGGGGCCCCUCCACCUAGACUACAGACUCUCAAGGAUGAACCUCAAAUUGUGCCAGAAGUGGCAACUUUUGGAGAAAGCCCACCAAUGUCUCCAAUUAAUAUGGACACACAGGAACGAAUCAAGGCUGAACGAAAGAGGCUACGAAACAGAAUAGCAGCAUCUAAAUGCAGAAAGAGGAAAUUGGAGAGAAUUUCUAGACUCGAGGAGAAAGUGAAAAGCCUUAAAAAUCAAAAUACGGAGUUGGCAUCUACUGCUAACCUGUUGAGGGAACAGGUGGCCCAGCUGAAGCAGAAGGUCAUGAGUCAUGUCAACAGUGGCUGCCAACUUCUUCCUCAGCAGGUCCAAGCUUAUUAAGCUUUUCUUGUUUCCAGUUUUUACUUUACUAUGCCUACUGAUAAACUUCAUUCCAAAAGAGGAUCCCCCAUGCUGGAAGUAGACUGUCCAGACACAAUGCCAUCUUGUAGCCACGAGGAUCAUAGGCCCAACCAAAGACUAUUGUGGUUUGUUGAGACAGUGUGUAUCAAUAAGUUCAAUAGACAGCAGUUGUCCUCCUCAGAGGUAACCAUGUCAUAGAAAACGAGGGAUGUUGCUUAAUGAGGCCUUAGACAUUAUGUAGCUGGUUGUUUCUUGAGACAAAGCUCAGAUAAUGCUUAUUGGUAAAAAAAAUAAAAUAAUGUUUGUUUACAUUGUUGUAAGGGAAAAUGACACUUAUUUCAUGUACUUAUAUGUGCAGGGCAACAAAGGAGACAGAUGUGGAUCCAGAGUGCCUAAAAGGAACGCAGUUAUUUUUGUAGGUAUAGUAGGGGCCCUCUCCCCUCCUCCAGGACCCAGGUUUACACCACAUAGAAGCUGUUUAUUCUUAAAACAUGUUCUCGACAAACUUGGUUGACUUUUAAAGCCAAGUGCAAUUAGUUCUGGUUGCAUAUUUACUGCCUUAAAUGUUUACAAGGUCCCUGGAGCAGGGGGAAGAGGGGCAUUCCUCUGCAUGUGUUUGACCUAUUUCUUGCCAGAGGGUUUCUGACAUUACAGGCCACUCCAUUGGAGUAGUUAGGGAAGGCUCUAGGUGUGUCAUGCUUGCACACCCUGUUGUAAAAUAAUGUAAAUGUAAUAUUUUGCAGAUCUUGUUUUUGAAGUGUUUUAUGUGCUAUAUUUAUGUUCUACUGGGAACAAUGUUUUUAAGCUGUUUUUUUUACUAUGCAUUCAACAAGUAUAUCCAGUACUUUAGUGUUCUUAUGUACAAUAAAGUAUGGUCUAAAUGA